ACAUCAAAUGAGGAGAACGUUGUAUACAGAGCGGACAACUGGGUUGUGGUCGUUUCUGAGUUUGGCCUGCACGUGAUGAGGGUGAACUCGUGGUCAAUACGCCGCUCGACUCUGGAGAAAUCAUUCUAUGGCAUCAAGGUGGUGUGA